UCUUUCGAUCAUCAUUCACAUGACGCAACCAGAUCUUUUUCUCACUUUUUCCUCACUGGGUUAUUUUUUUCUCACUUUUAUAAAAGAAACAAAUACAAAAGAUUGCGAGCUGCGUAUUCGGCCGCCAUCUAAAGCAUAACACACAACACAAAGCAUGAUUGUUGUGUCAGGAGAGAGGGGCACGUCCCCUUUCUCUAUCUCUAGCUUGUGAGGCUCUAUAUAAGAGACAUUAUCGGACCAGACAUUAUCUUCAUUUUGUUCUCUUUGUCCCUCUACCUUCCAUACAAAUCUCUCUCCUCUACAAACAUAUAAACACACUACACUUCUUCCUCACCCUAUCGAACACUCUUUCCUUAAGGUAGAUCUCUCUCGCUCUCUCUUGAUAUCUCUCUCUCCUCACGUACAAGCAAGUUUUGAGAGAGCAAGUUUAUCGAAAUGGAGAGGCUAAACGCGAAGUUGUACCUGCAAAACUGUUAUAUAGUAAAGGAGAAUGAAAGGUUGAGGAAGAAAGCUGAAAUCCUGAAUCAGGAGAAUCAACAGCUUCUCAUUGAACUCAACCAGAAGCUCUCCAAAACCAAGGACCCUAAUGAAUCAAAGCAAGGAAGCAGCAACCUCUCUUCGUCAAGUUCUGCUUCUGGACAAUCCUGAUGCAGUAAAACUCUUAGGACAAGUAUUGGAUUUGGUAUACUGAAAAAAAUUAUUCUGACCCUGCUCAGUUAGAAGAACCCAUCUUUUCGUAGUUCCUUUGUAUUGGUGUAAUGUAAGAAAAUAGUCAAAAGUUAGUGGGCAGUAGGAGUAUUAUUAUUAUUUGAACUUGUGGGUUCUUCUAAAUUAUUUCUACUACUAAAAGGACAGAAGCAUUGUGUCUCUACUUAUCUUCUCAGGGAUAUUUUACAUUUGUUUCCAUUCAUAUACUUAUUAAUUAGAUUUCUUUGUUGCCUUUUCAUGUGGGGUUGUUUUUUAGGAUAUGGUGGAUUA